AUGCCAAGAGGAAAGAAAGCCGACACCAAGAGAAAACGUGAUGAAGAAAAUGAUUCUGAUUACGAAUCAGACGCUAGUUUAGAUGAAUCGAGUGAUGAUGAACCAGUAGCUAAACAAUCAAAAGGAUCACUAGGAUCAUGGUACUCGGAUGAUGAUAAUGAAGUUUAUUAUUUUGUUCAUAAGAACUUUGCUUCAACAAAAUUUGAUAAUGCUCAACUUUUAGGAGUUGCUGGUUAUGACUUUGAUUCUACAUUGGUUGUAACAAAGAGUGGUAAAGCCUUUGCAACAGGUCCAUCCGAUUGGAAAUUAUUCCAUAAGAGUGUUUCAACAAAAUUGAAAGAAGAACAUGAAAAGAAUAAGAAACUUUUAGUUAUUUUCACUAAUCAAAAUGGUGUAAAGAAGGGUAAAUUGACAAAGAAAGAUUUGGAAAAAAGAAUUGAAGGUUUUAUUAAUGAAGCUAUUGGUAGUGAAAUUCCAAUACUUGUUGUUGCUGCAUUAUCAGAUAAUCAUAUGAGAAAACCAUGCACUGGUAUGUGGAAUUAUUUGGCAGAUACUAUUAUUCCAAAACAUCAAAAGAAUAUUUCAUUGGAUAAAUCAACAAGUCUAUAUGUUGGAGAUGCUGCUGGUAGACCUGAAAGAAAGGAUUCUAAUAAUAAGAAAAUUAAGAAAGAUCAUAGUUGUGGUGAUAGAAAGUUUGCACUCAAUCUUGGAAUUAAAUUUUUCACACCAGAACCUUAUUUCUUGGGAGAAAAAGAAUAUCCAACUUGGAGUCUUGAUGGUUAUGAUAUUAAGAAAUUUAAAUCAACCAAGAGUGCAUAUAAGAAGGAAGAUUUAAUUUCAUCAAAACAAGAAAUUGUAGUUUUCCAAGGUUGGCCAGCUUCAGGAAAAACAACUUUUGCUAAAAGAUUUUUCAUUCCUGCAGGUUAUGUUCAUGUAAAUAGAGAUACUCUCAAUACUAUUCCAAAAUGUGUUAAGGCAUGUAAAGAAGCAAUUCAAAAGGGUAAAUCAGUUGUUGUAGAUAAUACUAAUCCAGAUGCCGAUUCUAGAAAGAAUUAUAUUGAUAUUGCUGAAGAAUUUGAAAUUCCAAUUAGAUGUUUCUCUUUCAAUGUUGAAAGAGAAUUGGCAGAACAUCUCAAUGUUCUUCGUGAAAAUAGAUCAAAGGGAGGUCAUCCACACGUUCCAGGAGUUGGUUACAAUACUUAUAAUAAGAAAUUGGAAGAACCAAGUGAGGAUGAAGGUUUCUCUGAAGUUAAAACUAUUGAUUUUGUUCCUGUAUUUGAAAAUGAUCAAGAGAAGGAAGAAUUCUACAUGUACACUUAA